AUGUAUGCCAGAGAAUGGAGCUUGGCUCAAUCGAAUACCUAUCUUCGUCCGAAGCACAAUGAUAUCCCUCAAAGUCCCCCAAUCCUUCGCGAUGGGACAAUAAACUGCUGUACUGAUGCAGCUUGGAAUUCAGAGACUCGAAUGGCUGGUCUAGGUUGGAACUUUACGGACUCUAAACUAACCACCAACCAUUCCACUGUGGUUCCUCAUGUAGUGUCCCCUUUGAUGGGAGAAUUACUAGCUCUUCGAGAUGCCUUGCUCUCUGCAACACAAAUUGGAUUCCGAUCUAUCACCUUCCACUCGGAUUCUUCGAUCUUGAUCAAAGCUAUCAAAUCGAAAUCGCAACUGCUGGAAAUCCUUGGUAUCUUAUUUGACAUUCAGGCUUGUUUGCCAAAUUUUAAUUUCAUCUGUUUUAAAUGUAUCCCUAGAGAAGCUAAUACUGUAGCUGACUCUAUAGCCAAACAAGCACUCUCAGGCUUUAUUGUAACCGAGUUUUAA